AUGGCGGAUCAAUGGCAGACUAAGUGUCGAAGAAAUGAUGACAGGGUCUUGUUCACCUUCACUGACCCAUUGGAUGUGGACAGAGUGUGGAAAGGAGGACCCUGGGGAUACAAUAGAGCUCCGGUAACCGUAGCGCCAUAUGAUGGCAUCACUCUGGUAGAAGACGUGCCCCUGAAGAAAUCAUCCUACCGGAUGACGCUGCAAGGAGUACCGCCUGCGUUCCGGUCUGAGUACAUCAUGCGUCUGAUCGGAAGUACACUGGGCGAGUUCAAGGAAUACGACCGACCUGCAUUCCUGACUCGAGUCCUGCGUAUCAGAGUCGAGAUUGAUUAUGAGAAGCCUCUACUCUUUCGUCGGCGAUUUUUGGUUGAAGACGAAGUCCAGAUUCUGGUGCAAUUCAGGUAUGACAAACUCUUUGGUCGUUGUGGAACUUGUGGACUAGUCACUCUUGUCGGCCUUCCCUGCUCAGGGCCGGAACUGGUUGAAGAUAGUGACGCACCAGUGGGGGUGGUGGCACAACCCACGGCUCUGACGGUGCUACAAGGUCAUGCCGCACCGAACCCUAAUGCUGACAGGAUCGUGAUUAACAAUCAAACCUUGAUUUUUAAGGCCCAGAUACCAAGGAGUAUACCAAAAACUCUCCUCCUUGCAUCUGUGGUAGCCAUGCGUCGUAACCGAAGACAGGUGCAAAUUAGGGAACUCAAUCAACCAAGGCUUGAUGAAAACCCAAUUACAGGACAACGUCGAGCUAGGGAAACUGAUGAGGGACCUUCAAGCAACAAGGAACAAACUAAAAGGAAGAGAGGACGCCCCAUUGGCAGUGUGAAUAAGCUACCAUACGGAACAGCUGGAAAAGGAAAAAAUGCAAAGAAAGACGAAGAUCAGAAAAGAGCAAGAAGACCAACCUGA